AAUUAAACCUCCACCAUGCAAAGGCUGCCUCGGCUGAACUAGCAAGGAGGUUUAACAAACAAAACUUGGAUAUAGCUCUAAUCCAAGAACCGUGGGUACGUGACAGAGUCAUUGAGGGACUCCAAGAUGUUAAUGUUCACUACCACCGAUCUCGUUGCGAUCUGGACCAAGGUGCCAACAGACAAAGGCGAGCACGAGGUAAUCAUUGCCUCUGCCUACCUUCCAGGAGAUGAGGAAACUGCUCCAACAAGGGAACUUGUAGCCCUAGUCAACUACUGCAAGGAGAACCACCUACGCUGGAUAAUAGGAUGUGAUGCGAAUGCCCAUCAUACGAUAUGGGGCAGCACAAACAUCAAUGCGAGAGGUGAGUGCCUUCUUGAAUUCUUACUUAGAUAUAAUGUAUCAAUAGUAAACCGAGGCAAUGAACCAACAUUUAGGAAUGCAAUAAGGGAGGAAGUACUUGAUCUUACCCUAUGCAGUCCAAAUGUACUAUCAGAAGUCUCAAAUUGGCAUGUGUCCGGGGAAGCAUCAAUGUCGGACCACAGUCUUAUCAGGCUCCAGACGUCUUCACAAAUGCCGCAGUCGGUUUGUGGUCUAGUGCAGUUGCCAGCGAAUGUGGAAGGUGUACGCGAACGGGGAUGA